UUCAUUUACCCCAAGCGGCUAUCCCUUGCUAUCCUUUGUUCGAAGCUGAGCGACCAGCACCACUUCCGAUCUUACAGUCAGGCAAGCAAGGCCUUGUUCGAAUCUUCUCGCCUGAGCGCCCGUCGCCGUCCAACUGCUGCAGUAUAGACUCUCAAGAUGUGUGGCAUCUUUGGCUACAUCAACUACCUGGUGGACAAAGACCGCAAGUUCAUUGUUGAUACGUUGCUUAAUGGUCUUUCUCGCCUAGAAUACAGAGGAUACGACUCGGCCGGUCUAGCAAUCGACGGCGACAAGAGAAAUGAAGUCUUCGCGUUCAAAGAGGUGGGCAAGGUUGUCAAACUUCGGGAGUUGAUUGCAAGUUCCGGUGUCGACAUGACCCAAAUCUUUGACUGCCACGCUGGCAUUGCUCACACUCGAUGGGCCACCCACGGUCAACCGUCAAGACUCAACUGCCAUCCUCACAGAUCUGAUCCCAAAUGGGAGUUUGCAGUUGUCCACAAUGGUAUCAUCACCAACUACAAGGAGCUGCGCGCCCUGCUCGAGGGCAAGGGGUUCAAAUUCGAGACUGAGACGGACACCGAGUGCAUUGCAAAAUUGGCCAAGUUCCUCUACGACUCUCAUCCGGACAUUGAUUUCACCACUCUGGGAAAAGCCGUCAUCAAAGAACUCCAGGGCGCGUUUGGUCUCCUCCUGAAGUCUGUACAUUUCCCUGCCGAGGUUGUUGCAGCCCGCAAAGGUUCCCCUUUGGUUGUCGGUGUGAAGACACAAAAGAAGAUGAAGGUAGAUUUCGUGGAUGUCGAAUACUCUGAAGAAGGUGGUGCUUUGACUGCGGAAAGAGCAAACCACAAUCUCGCCAUCAAGAAGUCGGCUGCUGGUCUGCUGGCUCCGAACGGCUUACUUGCUCCACCUGACAAGUCAUUGUUGCACAGAUCGCAGUCGCGUGCGUUCUUGUCGGAUGAUGGUAUGCCUCAACCUGCAGAGUUUUUCCUGUCUUCUGAUGCGUCGGCACUUGUGGAGCACACCAAGAAAGUGCUAUACCUUGAAGAUGACGAUAUCGCCCAUAUUCACGACGGCCAGCUCAAUAUCCACAGACUGAAGAAGGAUGAUGGCACUAGUAAUGUCCGUGCUAUCCAGACCAUCGAGUUGGAACUUCAGGAGAUUAUGAAGGGCAACUUCGACCACUUCAUGCAGAAGGAAAUCUUCGAACAGCCCGAAUCAGUCGUGAACACGAUGCGUGGUCGUUUGGACGUUGCGAACAGAAGCGUCACCCUUGGCGGCCUCAGACAGUACAUCAACACCAUUCGGAGAUGCAGAAGACUUAUCUUCAUUGCGUGUGGUACCAGUUAUCACUCGUGCAUGGCAGUCCGAGGUGCCUUUGAGGAACUCACCGAGAUUCCGAUUGCCGUCGAGCUGGCCAGUGACUUCCUGGACAGACAAGCACCCGUAUUCAGAGACGACACUUGCGUGUUCGUCUCGCAGUCUGGCGAGACCGCUGAUUCACUAUUGGCGUUGCGAUACUGCCUUGAGCGUGGUGCGUUGACUGUCGGUAUCGUCAAUGUUGUCGGUUCUUCCAUCUCCAUGCUCACCCACUGUGGUGUGCAUAUCAAUGCUGGACCCGAAAUCGGUGUUGCUUCCACCAAAGCCUACACAUCACAGUUCGUCGCCAUGAUCAUGUUCGCAUUGUCUCUCAGUGAAGACCGCGCUUCCAAGAUGAACCGUCGUCAUGAGAUCAUUGAUGGCUUGGGCAAGGUCAGCGAGCAGUUCCGACAAAUCCUCAAAUUGAAUGACGCAAUCAAGGAAAUGUGCGCGAAAUUCCUCCAGAACCAGAAGUCACUGCUAUUGCUUGGUCGUGGCAGCCAAUAUUCGACUGCUUUGGAAGGUGCUUUAAAGAUCAAGGAAAUCUCCUAUCUGCACUGCGAAGCCGUCAUGUCUGGAGAACUCAAGCACGGUGUUUUGGCACUUGUUGACGAAAACCUUCCUAUCAUCAUGAUCCUCACUCGAGACGACAUCUUUGCGAAGUCAUUGAACGCAUAUCAACAAGUCAUUGCCCGAGGUGGCCGACCUAUUGUCAUCUGUAACAAGGAUGAUCCAGAAUUUCCUCCGGACAAGACCGAACGUAUUGAGGUGCCAAAGACGGUCGACUGCUUGCAAGGUCUGCUAAACGUUAUUCCGUUGCAAUUGAUUGCCUACUGGCUAGCAGUGGCUGAAGGACUCAACGUCGACUUCCCACGUAACUUGGCCAAGUCUGUGACUGUCGAAUAAUCGAAAUGAGCAUUCCGCAGUUGUGGCAACGCCGUAUGACCUGGAGAUGCGUUUGUCGUUGGUAUCUACUCACAGCGUGGUUUGGAACACUGGGCGUCCGGGAAAUUGAUUGUAGAAGUUAGCUGGGUCACCUACAGAGCGGAGGAUAACUGCGGUGCCUUCAGGCGUACCCUAUGGAAGAAAAUGACUAUUGUUUCCUGUCAUUGAAUUCCACUUCUUCGCUCGUCAAAGUGACACAGGAUGUAAAUCACAGACUAUGCUGGACCUGUGGGACUACCCACGAGCUUACGUGAUAAGUUACGUGUAAGCUGCGCGAGGCUGUGACUGACUUACAGGUUGAGUUGGAGUAUUUUGGGGAGAUCGCGC